GCCCGAUGACGCUGGCGACCCAGUCCGAAGAUUACUUCUCCAAGGGCAGCCGUAGGGCUUGUGAGGUUCGAACGAUAUAUCUCGUGUCCGAAACGCAGAUCAACCGUAUCAAGCUGCUGCUCAAGAACGGCAAAAGGUCGCCUCUGAAGACCACGGAUUGGGGCGAAUUGGUUUGGAGAGGCUGGCUCGAAUUCAGGUUUCUCAAAGCCGCCGGAAAAGGUACGCGAGCCAGGCGAAGCCGUGUCGUCGUGGAGUAUGGAUCGAAGAUUGCCAGCAAGCCUCAGCAGCCGGAUACCGUUGCCUUCGGCUUCUGGGGCAAGAUCACCGGUAUACACCAGACUAACCGUUACGGAAAUGCUCGCCGUCAUUCUAUGUGUGACUUGCGGCCUCCCGCCCUGUUGUACUAUCUGGUCCAACUGUCACUUCCUUACUCGCCUCCGAAGUCCAACUGGCAGAAGUUUCUAGAAGGGUGCAAGGCCUUGUUCGGCUAUUGAUUUGGUCGGGUUUGGGCAAUCGGUCAAGAACUGGCACUACCACCGUCGAUGCCCUUGGCUGGAUUUCCGGGUAGUUAUAUUGUACUGUACUUCGUUGUGCCAUAGAAUAUCAC